UUCAAUAUUCCUCCAUCAUUUUCACAGCGCUUCACUCCUUUAUCAUGACCUGCAAUAUCCCCAAUUCCCUAACCGAUUCCGCUCAAACGCGCUUCAAACUCGCCAUCUCUGCCUCCGAUCCUUGGCCCUUCUCUCUCUCCUCCUCAUCCAAUUUUUUCUUUCUACUUCAAAUUGUACAUACAAACUUCGCAACUGCUAGCUAGUAAUUAAGAUGGGAAGCGGCGGCCACCACCUGAUCAAUUUCCAUCUCCACCACGGCGGCCGGCGGGGAAUCCCCAAGGGAUGCCUGGCGAUUACGGUGGGCCAGGCAGCGGAGCAGCAGCGCUUCGUCAUUCCGGUCAUCUACAUCAACCACCCGCUCUUCACGGAGCUGCUCAAGGAGGCGGAGGAGGAGUACGGCUUCAAUCAGAAAGGUCCGAUCAAUAUCCCCUGCCACGUCGAGGAGUUUCGUCAGAUUCAAGGCUUGAUUGAUCAGGAUGCGACGUCGCACCACCACCAGUUAUUGUGUUUCAGAGCUUGAUCGGUUAUAUUUAUGAAUUAAUUGUGAUUCUUGACUUAAUUAGGGUUCCUUAGAUUGGGAUUGAAGGUGUAUGCUUCUUACAGAUUUUAAAUCAAAGCAGGAUUCGUGUUAAUAUCA